AUGGCUACACAAACUAGUCAUGUCUUCCAAGGUCAAGACAAUAAGUAUCUGCAAAACCGCUGCAGGAAUAGACACACGGGCAGAGAUCCAAAGAAGCCGCCGAACCCGGAUGUCAGUGGACUUGGCCAACAUCCAGACCAUGGACUGCUGGUCACGCACGUUAACCAGACGCAGGACUUGCUGAGGCUGCGGGGAGACGAGACCCAGCCUUCAGCAUGGGAUGACUCGCAAGACUGGCUUUUGACUCACAGUUUGAAGUCUGAGAGACUCACCUUGGCUGACCUGCUCAGCCAGGGCACAGCUGUGCUGGAGGAGGGCAGCACCGCCACGAAGAAAGUGCACCUCUCAGCCCAGGCCAUCCGCCGGUUUGAAUCAAAGCUCUCUGAAGUGAUCGACCUGUAUCAGCGGAGACUUCAGUGGCUCACUGAGAGCAGCAAACAGGCAUUUGGCCUCAUCAAGGGGGCCAGGGUCGGCAUCCUCAUUGAUGUGUCAGCCAUCAGCAGUGGCCCUCGGAAAGAAGAAUUCCAAAAAGACCUCUUGGGCCUCAUUGACGAGCAGCUGAGCCACAAGGAGAAGCUGUACGUCCUGUCCUUCGGCACCACCCCCAGCGCCCUCUGGCCGAACCCUGUGGACGUCAGCGCCUCCACCCUGCAGGAUCUGAAGCUCUGGGUGAAGAAACUACAGCCCGGCGGAGGCAGCAAUCUGCUACAAGCCCUGAAGAAAGUCUUCGCUGUAAAGGGGCUGAAUUCUCUGGUGACCAUAUUGGGAAGCUGCCCAGACCAGCCUGCUGAAAUUCUGUCUGACUACAUCCAGCAGUCCACCAUGGGCAGGGGCCUCCACACCCACAUGGUCACCUACAGAUGCGAGGACCAGGUGCCCCCUGCUGUCCUGAAGAACCUUGCAGAAGCUGUUGGGGGCCACUACCACUGCUACACCCCAGAGAUGGAGAUCUGUGCCGGCCCCGACAUCGAGGAGCUGCUGGCCGAAAUGCAGGAGGCCCAGAGCCUCCUGGGCCACGUCCAGGCCCUGCACCACAGCGGCCCUGGAGAGGAGCUCACCGGCGAGAUGAAGGAGAUUUCCACAGAGAUUGCAAAAGAGCCACUCAGAGGUCUCCUGCCUAAACCCCCAAAGCAUGAAGCUCCCCUCACAAUUGAGUUCCCCAACUUGGACAAGACUUCUGCAGAAUGGCUAAAGGUCAAUGGCCUAAAAGCCAGGAAGCUCAGCCUUUAUCAGGUCCUGGCACCCAAUGCAUUCUCCCCUGUCGAGGAAUUUGUGCCUGUUCUCCAGAAAACCGUAUCGUCAACUGUCCAUCAGAAGGCAAUGGUCCAGUUCCAGUGGCAUGAUGGGACCGUGAAGAAUGUUCACGUGGACCUGCCCUUCCUCUACGAGUACCAGAAACAGCUCAGCAGAGCUAUGCGGAUGUACGAGAGACGGAUUGAGUGGCUCUCAUUGGCCAGCAGAAGGAUCUGGGGCACCGUCUGCGAAAAAAGGGUGGUUAUACUGCUCGAUAUCUCUGCGACCAAUUCCAUGUACAUUAUUCAUAUCCAGCACUCCCUGCGGCUUCUGCUGGAGGAGCAGCUGUCCAACAAGGAUGCCUUCAAUGUCAUCGCGUUUGGAAGCACGAUCGAAAGCUGGAGGCCCGAGAUGGUGCCCAUGAGCCACAACCACCUGCAGAGUGCCUGGCGGUGGGCCCUGGCGCUGCACUGUGAGGGCAGCAGGAACGUCCUUGGUGCCCUGAGGAAGGCUGUGGAAGUGGACUUCAAGGACAAAGACAGACAACAAUCGCAGGGCAUCUACCUCUUCACAGGGGGCAUCCCGGACCAGGACAUGCCCACGCUCAGCGCCUACAUGGCUGAGGCCUGUGGGGGCUGCGACCUCCAGCUGAACGUGUGUCUCUUCUACGUGGGGGAGCCACAGAUGGACACCACGCCCCCUGCCUGCUACGCCAGCCGCACCGACACAGCCGCUGCCUACCGAGAGGUCACCCAGGCCACUGGCGGCCGCUUCCACUGGUUUGGAGACACAGGCAUUUACGAAAGUGAUGACAUCAACGCCAUCAGGUCUGAGAUGGACAAGGCUCUCAACUACUCCCAAAAGUGCGCCUUCCUGGUGUCCUCCCUGAAGAACCAGUGCAGGAAAGCCCUGGGGAGCGCGGCCCUCCCGACAGGAAAGCCGAAGAUGCUCAAGCAAAGAAGUCAGCCCAAGAAACCCAGUCCUUCCGAGCCCACGCCCCCCGCGGCAGCCAGAAUGGGCGCUAGAGAUGGCCCUGCCCGAGACAGCAGUGCCCCCGGGAAAGCUGGGACGUGGCCUCUGCUCAGGGGCGCAGCCGGCAUCCCACCAGCUGCAGCCCGGCCAGCCAAAGAGGACUCUGGAGCCCAGAGGAGGAAGGCCACGUCGAGGGAAGCAGAGGUGGCCCUUUCGCUGUUCUAUACAGAGACGGGGAACAGUGUGGGCUCAGUGUACAGGAAGUACCCUCGAGGAAGGCGCGUGAGAAGGACGAGCUCUUCCGUCGAGCUGCCCAGAAAGGACACAGUCUGCUCGAGCCAAGAGUGGAUAGCAAAUUAUGGGCUAAAAAAACUGAAGAUGGAGAUCUCCAGACACAUAGGUCGCACGUGCCCUCAUCGACGGUCAGCGGCGGCCAAGCACUGCAGCAUCUUCCCCAGUGUGGAGCUCCAGGGGGUGGUGAGACACGUUCAGUGGACACCCAAGGAGGUGGAUGCGUACAUCACGGGCCUGGAGAAGGUGCUGAGACGUUACGUCCAGAGGCUGCAGUGGCUGCUCUCUGGGAGCCGCCGGCUGUUCGGUACCAUUCUGGAGAAGCGGGUCUGCAUCCUGCUGGACACCUCGGGGUCCAUGGGCCCCCACCUGCAGCAGGUGCAGACAGAGCUGGUGCUGCUCAUCUGGGAGCAGCUGAGGAAGCACUGCCACAGCUUUAACCUGGUCAGCUUUUCAGAGCACCUACAGCUGUGGCAGGACACCCUGGUGGAGACCACAGACACAGCCUGUCGCGAGGCCACGCAGUGGGUGACCCACCUGCACGCUCAGGGCAGCACCUCCGUCUUGCAGGCGUUACUGAAAGCUUUCAGCUUCCACGGCGUGGAAGGGCUGUACCUCCUCACUGACGGGAAGCCAGACACCAGCUGCAGCCUUGUUCUGAGUGAAGUGCAAAGACUCAAGGGGGCCUGCGACGUGAGAGUACACACCAUUUCCCUGGGCUGCACAGGCAGGGCAGAGGCUGACUUCCUGAGACAGCUGGCCUCCCUCACAGGGGGGCGCUAUCACUGCCAGGUGGGUGACGACCUGCUCUUCCAGAUUCACCGCCUGCUCAAGGGCUUCCUGGAUGAGAGGGACUCUGUGUUGCCACCAUUCGAAGGAGAUGAUUUGAAGAGACUGGCCCAGGAGAUCACCACAGCCAGCAGCUUCCUCCGGCAGGCCCGGUCAGUCAGGGCCCAACUCCAGAAGAAACACGAUACAGAACCAGAGGUCAUUGUUUUGUAG